CGCCGACUUAAGAAGCGCCCCUAAAAAAGUUAUAUCCUGGCGGCAGGAUUAAGCGGGAAAGUGAAAAAGUGUGACACAGAAAUUCCAGUGCCCACAAACAAAGUGCUAACGACAAAUUUAAGCUCUCGAAAAAGGCAAGAAUAAUUCCAUAAAAAAAGUGCUAGCCCUUGGCCAUUUUGCACAGCUUCCUUUUUAGGGCGGCACUUUUCGGGGAAACUGUUUCGCUAUUGUGACAUUUUUUUGGCAAAGCAAAACGCAAUGGCGCCAAAGACGCCAAAGACCCCGCCAUUUUCGCAGCUCGACAAAAUGGCGACAAGGACAUCCAGUUGGCUCUGCCGCCUGCUGCUAUUCGGCUUUUGCAUUGGCGCCGCCGCCGCUCGAGACAUCCCAUCGCCAAUGGCCCAGACAGAGAUGGCCUUCUACUGUCCCGGAGAGGGUCUGUUUGCGGACGACUACGAUUGCCGGAUUUAUUACCGCUGCGAGCGGCGGACGGGCCAAUACAUUCGACCCUAUCUUUUGGCCUGUCCAGAAGAUGCAGUCUUCUCGCGUUCGCUGCGAAUGUGCCUGCCACCAGCGAUGGCUGGAAGGGAUGAGUGCGUGGACCAGGUGAACGAGGUGGACGGCGGCAGCGUGGAGAAGUGGGAGCAGAACGACUACGGCCAGGACGGCCAUAAUGCGAUGCUUAACCUGGCCGUCACACCUGCGGCCAAUGAGCUGCGAACCUAUACGUCAACCCAUCGGCUGCCCACAAAUUAUGGCCUGACAGGUCUCAGCGGUGUCUCUGUCAUAUCCUUUUCCAGCUCAUCGUCCCUGCGAGCUAUUGGCUCAGAGGAGGAGGACGGCGGUGCGGCAGCAAUAUGUCGGGAUGAUGGCUUCAUGAGCGAUCCCAGCGACUGCACCGUGUUUUAUCGCUGCAUCUCGAAUGGUCGGGGCUACAACAGAAUCGGCUUCCGCUGCUCCGAUGGCACUGCGUGGGACGAGUCCCUGCAGUCCUGCAACCACAUGUUUGACGUACGUGCCAACGGUGGCUGCCGCAAUCAGGCGGAACCACAGAACGAUGGCUAUUACGCCGGCCAAACGUCAACACAGUCGUCGCAGUCCAGCCACCAGAACUCCACCUCAAGCAGCCAGCAGAGCUCGUCCACUAGUUCGUCUCAUUCCUCUCAAAGCUCCAGUUCUUCAUCCAGUUCGACAUCUAGCUCGAGCUCGAGUCAGGAGUCCUCCACAUCCAGCAGCAAUCAUCAGUCGAGCUCUACGUCUAGCAACAAUCAGGAAUCCAGCUCCGGCUCUAGCAACAAUCAGGAAUCCAGCACGAGCUCCAGCAGCAAUCAAGGCUCAAGCUCCCAAAAUUCCGGCAGCAACCAAUCCUCAAGCAGUAACCAGAACCAAAACUCUGGCAGCACUCAAAGCUCUGAAAGUAACCAAUCCUCAAACCAUAACCAAAACUCCAGCAACAACCAGAACCAAAGCUCUCAAAAUUCUGGCAGCAACCAAAGCUCAAGCAGCAACCAAAGUUCUGGAAGCAAUCAAAGUUCUAGCAGCAACCAAUCCUCAAACAACAAUCAAAACUCCGGAAACAUUCAGAGCUCUGGCAGCAAUCAAUCAUCCAACAACAAUCAGAGUUCUAAUAGCAACCAAUCCUCUAGCUCCAACAGCAAUCAGAGCUCCUCGGGCAAUCAAACUGCCAGUGGAUCCAAUAAACCUGCACCCACUGAAUGCGAAGAUGAGAACACUUAUAUCCCCGACAAAGAAGACUGUGCCAAAUUCUACAGAUGUCGCAAAGAUAAGGAUGGAAAAUUGGAACAAGUGCCAUUUACCUGUGGUCCCGGCACUGUAUGGAACCAGGAAGAUAAGGUCUGCGAUCUACCCAAUGAGGACCAAAAGAAGAAGUGCAACAUUCAAUCGAGUUCAACCAGUGGUAGCAACAACUCUGGUAGCAACAACUCUGGUGGCAGCGGCAGCUCCUCCAAUCAAGGCUCAUCUAGCAAUCAAUCCUCAAGCAACCAAAACUCGUCUAGCAAUCAAUCCUCUAGUAAUCAGGGUUCGUCCAGCAAUCAAGGCUCCGCCAACAACCAAGGCUCCUCCAGCAAUCAAGGCUCAUCAAACAAUCAGACAUCAAGCAACCAAGGCUCAUCGAGUAAUCAAUCAUCCAAUCAAGGCAGCAGUCAUGGCUCAUCGAACAAUCAGUCCUCCAAUCAAAUCUCAUCAUCGUCUUCCACAUCCAACAACCAAAGCUCAUCCUCCAAUAAUAAUUCAUCUAGCACUCAAGCAACAACUCCCAAGCCUUCCAAUCCCGAUGGUGAAUGUAAGGAUACUGAAACAUAUUUGGCAGAUAAAAAAGACUGUGCCCGAUUCUAUCGUUGUGUAGAGAACGGUAGCGGUGGCUUCAAUACUGUUUCCUUCGAUUGCUCUCCGGGAACGGUCUGGGAUCCCGAUACUAGGGGCUGCAACCAUCCUACGGAUGUGCAAAAGAUACAGUGCAGAGCAAUGGCCAGUGGCGGUGGUAGCUCAUCCAACCAGGGAUCUUCUUCCAACCAAGGAUCUUCCUCCAAUCAAGGUUCUUCCUCCAACCAGGGAUCUUCAUCAAACCAGGGAUCAUCAUCCAAUCAAGGUUCCUCCUCCAAUGAAGGGUCAUCUUCCAAUCAAGGAUCUUCAUCAAACCAAGGAUCCUCAUCUAAUCAAGGGUCUGCUUCCAACCAGGGAUCUUCUUCCAACCAGGGAUCAUCAUCCAAUCAGGGAUCUUCAUCCAACCAGGAAUCAUCCUCCAAUCAAGGAUCUUCCUCAAACCAGGGUUCCUCUGCCAACCAAGGCUCCUCUUCCAGUCAAGGCUCCUCUUCCAAUCAGGGAUCUUCUUCCAACCAGGGAUCAUCUUCCAAUCAGGGAUCUUCCUCCAACCAAGGAUCUUCUUCCAGCCAGUCCUCCUCUAAUCAAACGACGUCCUCUCAGCAAUCAUCUUCUUCUAACCAAACUUCGUCCUCAAGUACUGAAGAAUCCUCAUCCUCUACCACGCAGAAACCCUUUAGGCCCGCUGAGAAGUGCGAGAGUGAGGAAACUUUCCUGGAUGACAAAGAGAAUUGCUCCAAGUUCUACCGCUGCGUGGACAACGGUAAGGGUGGAUUUAAUAAAGUCUCCUUCACCUGUCCUCCCAACACUCUGUGGGAUCCUGAGGCCAACAGCUGCAACCAUCCCGAUCAGAUUCAGACCAACCCGCUGAAGUGCAAAAAAGUGGUCAAUCAAGGCGGAUCCUCGUCUAGCAGCAGCAGUUCUUCUUCGAAUAGUACAUCAAACAACAGUGGAUCUUCCUCGAACAGUGGUUCAUCCUCUAACAGUGGCUCCUCCUCAAACACUGGAUCAUCAAACAACAGUGGAUCUUCUUCGAACAGUGGCUCCUCCUCAAACACAGGAUCUUCAAAUAACAGUGGAUCUUCUUCAAACAGUGGUUCAUCUUCAAAUAGCGGCUCCUCCUCAAAUACUGGAUCAUCUUCCAACAGUGGCUCAUCUAAUCAAGGCUCCUCGUCCAAUAGCGGCUCUUCAUCUGGUGCCAAUACAUCCGGAAGUGGAUCUACUUCUUCAUCUUCAUCAUCAUCUUCAUCCUCUUCAAGCAACAACAAUAAUCAGGGUUCGUCCUCAUCAUCCUCUAGUUCAUCCUCAUCCAGCAGCAGCUCAACCACAUCGAAACCAAAUCCUUCUGAAACCUGCAAGGUCAAUGGCCAAUUUGUUGGCGAUCGUAAGGAGUGUAACAAGUUCUAUCGCUGCGUGGAUAAUGACAGAGGCGGAUUUAACAUGGUGGCCUUCAACUGCGGCCCUGGCACAGUUUGGGACGCCCAACUUCAGGCCUGCAACCAUGCUUGGGCUGUAAAGGAAUGCGGUGGCAUUGCUCCUACUCCAACCUCUCCUCCCCCUACCACAUCACGACCAUUAACCACUACCACACCCAGACCUUCAGGCCCAUCCUCCACAUCCAGGCCAUCAAGCCCAUCCUCCACAUCUAGGCCAUCAGACCAAUCCUCCACAUCCAGACCUUCAGGUCCGACCUCCACAUCCACUCCUUCCAGUUCGUCUACCACCAGACCAACUACUUCCUCCCCAACUUCAUCACCUCCUACCCAGUCACCCAAUACUGAUGGAAAAUGUGCCUCAGAGGGCUUUAUGGCCGAUCCCAACAAUUGCUCCAAGUUCUAUCGCUGUGUUAGGAACAACAAGGGUGGCUUCACUCAAAUUCCAUUCCAAUGUGGUGCUGGUACUGUUUGGGAUCAGGAUCUACAGACCUGUAACCACAAUUUCAACAACUGCAACACUGGCACUGAAGCACCCACACCGAAACCUCCCUGUGAACCGACAACCAAUGGAACUUCGGCCACAGAGCUACCUACAACCACACCAACGCCAUCAAGCACUACGACUUCUUUACCACCAACAACAACAACAACUCGUUUGCCUUCCACGACAACAACACGUUUACCACCCACCAACACCACAGGAAUACCACCCACAACCACUACAGAGAUACCAAUCAGUACCACAACUUCUGUACCACCCAGUACAACAACAAUAAGUUCGGAAUCUGAGAUCACAACGUUAACGCCUCCCAUAACAACAACGAAUCAGCCAUCUACAACCACUAUGAAACCUCUACCAGCUGGCACUGAAUGCACCGGUGAGGGUUACAUGGCCGAUCCUGAAGACUGUAGAAAGUACUACCGAUGCAUCAGCGCUGGAGCCUCCUACAGAAAGUACAACUUCACGUGUCCAAAGGGUACAGGAUGGAAUGAAGAUGUCCAGACCUGUGACUACAUGGAGAACAUACCAAGGUGCUCGAAGUUACCGUCGACCACAAACUAUCCAGAGACUACAACACCAAAUGAAGAGUCUAAAGAACCUGGAAGUACUACCCCACAGCCAUCGGAUGAGCCCACAACGGUGACAAAACCCAUCACAAAACCUACCGAAGAGCCAACAACGGAUAAACCGCAAAAACCCACUACGACCGAAUAUCCCGGAAAGCCAACUUCAACUGAAGAACCUACAACAGAAAGUCCCCAAAAACCCCCAACAACCGAACAACCCGGGAAACCUACCACCCAGCAAACCACUACCACAGAUAUUCCCGGCUAUGAGCCAACAACAACAACUGUUGUGGUAGAAACUACAACCGCUACUCCAGGUUAUAAACCCACUACCACCGCUGAGCCCGUAACAGAACCCAUUACAAGCACGAUACAACCCAGUACAACAACCACUGUUGGAGAAACCACGACCCAUGUUCAACAAUCCACUACCACACCGGAACCCACAUCAACAACCCCGGAAAUGCCAGAGGGUCAGACUACCACAAUUCAGCCUGAGCCCCAGCCGAACUAUAACUGCACCGCCGAAGGAUUCUUCCCCGAUCCCGAGGAUUGCAUGCGCUACUAUCGCUGUGUGGAUGCGGCAAAGAAUGGAAAGUACCAGGUCUAUGCUUUUAAGUGCGGUAAGGGAACUGUUUGGGACACAUCCACCGAAACUUGCAAUCAUGCCGAUCAGGUGUCGGGCAAUUGUUCAUCUGGACAGACGACUUCAUCGCCAGGAACUACGGAAAAUACAACCGGUUCUAGUACCCCUGAGACAACAACCUCGAAAGUCCCCGAAACCACUGCCACAGAAACGACUACCACAGGAGCUCCAGAAACCACUACCACAGAAGCUCCAGAAACCACUACCACAGCAGCUCCAGAAAUCACUACUACAGCAGCUCCUGAAACCACUACCACAGGAGCCCCUACAACCACUUCCACAGGAACCCCCGAAACGACUUCUUCCGGAAGCACUGAAACCACUAGCCCUGAAACAACUACAACUGAAACCCCUGACACCACCACCACAACAGCCAAGCCAGAGACCACAACCACAAGUGGGGGAGAAACCACAACCAAUAAGCCAACGACUGAGACCCCAACCUCUACAGAAAGCCCUACUCCCGGCUCCAAUAUCACCGCACCUUGUCCGUCAACCGGUCCCGGACAGAAUGUGUACGUCUGUCCCACCGGAUUCCGCCAGCAUCCGGAGAAGUGUGGCAUGUUCUACCAGUGCAGCGAGAGUGCGGAUAGCAACGAUCUAAACAUCGUGGUAUUCCAAUGCCCCAAUGGUACUGUCUACCAUGACAAGACCUGCAGCUGUGGCAAGCCCCAGGCGGGUGACAAAUGCUCCAAGGAUAUGAAGAGGACCACCAAUUUGUUCGAACAGGAAUCAAAACUUCAGAACGUGGUACAAAUCAGCACGACGGCACCACUCUGCCCGGAUGAGGGUCACUUCGCGCUCAACGACGACCAGUGCGGCCAGCUGUUCGUGAAAUGUGGCUUCUCGGAGCUGACGGGACGCAUCGAGGGCCAGAUCCACCGCUGUCCCCAGGGUUUCGCCUACUGGAAUGUUAGCCGGCGAUGCGAACCCGCCCGGAAGCUGCUCAACUGCACACCAACCACCUACAAUGUGGGCGGAAAUGUGCCGCUGGAGUGGCUAAACAUUGGCCAUAGACGCCGCAGCAUGCGCAUUUAAUUAGAUUUAGUCUAGAUUCGCUUAGUCGCCCGCCAUUGUUUGUUUGCUGUGCCUGCACUUGAUAGCCAGAUUAACCAAGCCUAAUCGGAUCGAGGAAAUUAGCUGGCACCGCAAACGAUCGAACAGAAGAGUUAGCUUAGGACGUAGGGAAAUUACAGUAGGUUAAGAACGGGUUUAACCCUCCGAGAUCAAAAGUCUUGAAAGGGAAAUACGAAAAAUAUUAAAUUUAGAUGAACUUUAAGGACAACAACUUGUGAGUUUUUGAACAGAUUUAGAUAUACUUCUAUACAUUUUGGUACAACUUUAUCUCUAUAUCAAGAGUAUUUAAAUUCUCUCAAGAAACUAAAGCUAAAUCAGCUUCAAAGAAGUCACAUAUGAUUUAAAUGCUAAAUUUCCCCAAGUUUUGAUUGUUGGAGGGUUAAAUAGAUUCUUGGUGUCGGACUGCAAGACUGCACUUUACGCAAGUGGAAAGGAAACAAAAGGUUUUAUGAGUAGUCUUCCUAUAGUGGAAACAGGCACAGCCUUCACUACACACACGUAAUGUUGUAGCUUUCAUGCAGUAAUUGUAUUUAUGUUUAGAGUUUAAACAUACGUUCUGAACGCCAUAUACAUAUAUAUAUAUAUAUCUUAGACUAUGCUUAAAGAUUAUAAUAAAUUGAAACAUAUACAGAAAUCGUCGACGAA